CUCGGCCCGGGCUCCGCUCGGCGCUCGGCCCCUGGCUCCCGGCUCCCGGCUCCCGGCUCCCGGCUCCCGGCCCCCGAUCCGCGGCGGCGGCGCCCCCGCGCCCGGCCCGGAGCAGCCAUGCCGCCGCGGCGCAGCAUCGUGGAGGUGAAGGUGCUGGACGUGCAGAAGCGGCGGGUGCCCAACAAGCAUUAUGUCUACAUCAUCCGGGUCACCUGGUCCAGCGGCUCCACCGAGGCCAUCUACCGGCGCUACAGCAAGUUCUUCGACCUCCAGAUGCAGAUGUUGGACAAGUUUCCCAUGGAAGGGGGACAGAAGGAUCCCAAACAGCGGAUCAUCCCUUUCCUGCCAGGCAAAAUCCUCUUCCGGCGAAGCCACAUCCGGGACGUGGCCGUCAAACGCCUGAUACCCAUCGAUGAAUACUGCAAGGCCCUGAUCCAGCUGCCCCCCUACAUCUCCCAGUGUGACGAGGUGCUGCAGUUCUUUGAGACGAGACCUGAGGACCUGAAUCCCCCCAAAGAGGAGCAUGUUGGGAAAAAGAAAUCUGGGAGCGACCAGACCUCGGCGGACCCCAUGGUCCUGGAGCAGUACGUGGUGGUGGCGGACUACCAGAAGCAGGAGAGCUCGGAGAUCAGCCUCAGCGUGGGGCAGGUGGUGGACAUCAUCGAGAAGAACGAGUCAGGUUGGUGGUUCGUCAGCACCGCCGAAGAGCAGGGCUGGGUGCCCGCCACCUGCCUCGAAGGGCAGGACGGCGGGCAGGACGAGUUCUCCCUGGAGCCGGAGGACGGCUCCUGGAGGUACUGGUCUCUGCCCCGGCCCCUGGGCCGCCGCCGGACCCUGGGGGACUUGUAUGCCAUCAGCUGGCGGCAAGAAGAGAAGUACUCGGUCAUCUACCCGUACACGGCGCGCGACCAGGAUGAGAUGAACCUGGAGCGAGGGGCCGUGGUGGAGGUCAUUCAGAAAAACCUGGAAGGCUGGUGGAAGAUCAGGUACCAGGGCAAAGAGGGCUGGGCCCCAGCCUCGUACCUGAAGAAGAGCAGCGGGGAGCCCUUCUCCCUGAAGCCGGGCCCCGGCUCUCCCGCCCACACAGGCCUCCUGGACCUGGAUGGGGUUUCCCGGCCGCCGAACGCGGCGGGCAGGGAGAGGGAGCCGCUCAGCAGCCAGAGGGACGGCCGCUUCGAAGGCCGCCCGCUGCCUGACGGCGACGCCAAGCAGAGAUCACCCAAGAUGAGGCAGAGACCCCCUCCUCGCCGGGAUAUGACCAUACCUCGGGGUCUCAACCUGCCCAAGCCCCCCAUCCCACCCCAGGUGGAGGAGGAGUAUUACACCAUCGCCGAGUUCCAGACAACCAUCCCCGAUGGCAUCAGCUUCCAGGCGGGCCUCAAGGUCGAGGUGAUCGAGAAGAACCUGAGUGGCUGGUGGUACAUCCAGAUCGAAGACAAGGAAGGAUGGGCCCCGGCGACCUUCAUCGACAAGUACAAGAAGACCAGCAGCGCCUCGAGGCCCAACUUCCUGGCGCCCUUGCCCAACGAGAUGGCGCAGCUGCGGCUGGGGGAGGCGGCGAUGGAGGGCGGCGCGGGCGGGGAGGCCGGGGGCCCCUCUCGGCCCCUGCCCGACGCCCCGCUCCCGCUCGGGGCCGCGGACCCCGGGGUGCCGAGGCCCAAAGACUGGAAGGGCGGGAAGGAGGGCCUGAGGAGGGCGCCCCCCGACGUGCCCGGCACGGGCUACGAGGAGAUCGCCGACCUCGCCCCGGAGGAGAAGCCCAGCCUCCCUCCCCGGAAGGAGUCCAUCAUCAAGUCGGAAGGGGAGCUGCAGGAGCGCGAGCGGCAGCGGCUGGAGCAGCUGCGGGGCUCCUCGCCCAAGCCCCCCGGCGUGCUUCUGCCCAUGGUUCCGGCCAAACACAGCCCCCCGGCCCGGGACGGCAAGAAGCCGGAGCCCAAGCCUGACAAGAGCAAGGUGUUCCAGCUGAGAAACGAGAUGGGGCUGGAGUGCGGCCACAAAGUGCUGGCCAAGGAGGUGAAGAAGCCCAACCUCCGGCCCAUCUCCAAACCCAAGGCCGAGCCCCCGGAGGAGAAGCCGGAGGCCGCCCCCCAGAACCCCUUCCUGAAGGCCAAGCCUCAGGUGAGGCCCAAGCCAGCCUCCUCCCCCCGGGUCGAGGCGCCUCCGGGCGAAGAGCAGCUGGACAUCUGCAACCUCAGGAGCAAGCUGCGGCCCGCCAAGCCCCCCGAGAAGCCCCCGCCGGACGGGGAGAGCGGCCCCCAGGCUGCUGGCGGCCAGGACGCCGGCCCCAGCCGCGGCUUCCUCCCCGGGGAGGGGCCCGGUCGCGCUCCGGACGGGACGGGCAAACAGGACGGGCUCGGCCCCAGGGAGGUCCCCUGCAGGCCCCCUCCGAAGCCGGCCAAGGCCGCGGACGCCGCGCCCAAGAGUGUGCCCGUGCCUCUCCGAGAGGCCCCCCAGGAGGCUCCCCAGCAGAGACCCGUGAUCCCGCCCCGCAGACCGCCGCCCCCCAAGAAAGCCUCCGCCUCCCCCCGGCCCCUCCCGGAGCCCGCGGGGCCGCAGCAGCGCGAGGCCGGCGAAGGCAGGGCGCCCCCUGCCCCGGGCCGGGCCCUGCUGGUCCCUCCCAAAGCCAAGCCUUUCCUGGCCAACUCCUCGGGGGGCCCCGAAGACCCCCGGGGGAGAGGCGGGCCGGGCCCGCGGGGGGCGGGCAGGCUGAUGGGGGAGAGCAGGGAGAAGGCGGCGGCCGCCCCCCUCCCCGGCGCCGACAGCCCGAGGGACCUGUACGUGGCCGUGGCCAGCUUCGAAGGGGACGAGGACGCCAGCAGCUUCCAGGAGGGGACGGUGUUCGAGGUGCGGGAGAGGAGCAGCAGCGGCUGGUGGUUCUGCCAGGUCCUCGGCGGGGCGCCCGCCUGGGAAGGCUGGAUCCCCUCCAACUAUCUCCGCAAGAAGCCCUAGCCCCCCGCCUCCCGGGGCGGAGGCCCCGAGCCCCCGCCGGGCCCACCCACGUAUUUAAUACGCCUCUUAAUUUAUCGUCCUCCGCGGCUUCGAGGCAGGCAGGCAGGCUCCGGGGGGCUGUGGUGCCUUCCCUCCCGUGGGUGGAGACGGCCCCGGAGGCGCCUCGGCCCCGCCCUGGCUUUCUCUCCACUCGCACCCCUGCCUUAAGGCCGGUGGCGUCGCCACCCCGCUUCCCUGCCCGCCCGGCAGCGGGACCGUGACCCCCCAGGCCUCCGGGACCCGAACCCGCCACGUGGAGAACCCGCGGAAGGACUCCCGGUGUGUGGAUCCCGCGCAGCGAAGGGCAGACCCGGGCAGCCGUCCAGCCCGUGGCAGCUCGCUCCACGUCCAAAAGGCCGGUGACUUUCUCACCCCGUUUCCCAAACGCCCGGUACCAGGAAGGACUUUGCUCCGUAGAGGGGGGCACAGUGCCCGAUCCCGGGGGGUGUCCUUCUGUCCGAGGCCUCCGGCCCCCGGGCCUCUCAGCUGCCCCCCGAGUGCGUGGGCCUGGGGGUCCGCGCGGGCCGCCGCCUCCCAGCUUCUGUCCCGGGAGCCUGGUCCGUCCUGCAGGGGCGGGUCCAGCCUGGAGCAGGUGCCAGCCUCCGGACAGUCCCCGCCCGGGGCACCCCGCGCCUGUCCACUCAGAGCGAGGAUCUCCGUGUGUGUCUGAACGAGGAGGACCGUGGACAGCCGUGCUCCGUGCCGAGCGCCCCUCUGCCGAGUAGCGAGUCGGUGCCAAACGGUACUUGGCACUCCGCGUUCGUGUUUAACCCGCACAGCAACCCUCUCUGGUGAUAUGAUGACCAUUUUACAGAGGAGGGAACUCGGGGGCUAGGAAGGGGAGGGAGAGCCUUGGGUGCUGGGGCCCCGGAGGGAGAGAGCGUAGGGAGCAGAUGGAGCUGGCUGGGGUGGCCUCACAUGCCAGCCCGGAGGGCCCCUGGUGGCUCCGAGACCAGCCGCUGGUUCUCCGUCAGGCUGAGCAUAGCAAGCAGGGGCCCCCGCAGGGGUCAGGGGCCCGAGGGCCAGGCAGCGCCUCCUGUCCUCCUGCUGCUGCUGCCCGCUCCUCUCUGGCUCUCCUGGUUCCCUCCCCUCCCUCCCCCGCCGACGCCCCCUGACUGUCUCACCGGGAGGAACCCAGGCAGCCCUCCCACCCACGUUGAUGGUGUGGCUCACGUGGAGUCACGGCCACAUACGGGACUAGAACCAGGACCCGGGGUUUCGGGCUCCUGGCCCAGAGCUGCCUGUGGGCCGGGCCGCCUGAGGGUGAGGGGGCAGCCUCCUCCCCACCCCCCUGCAGGAGAGGACUGGCCCUGUCCUGCCCCAGAGGCUCCGAGUCGGUGUUCAUUGGCUGCCAGGCCUCUGGGACCACAAAGCCGGCUUCCCUGGGGGUGCUCGCUGCCCACCUGCAGUGCCAAAGCCCCCCCCCCCCCCCCCGGCUCUGGCUGUGUCUGCAGGAGGAGCCUCCUCAGACCCCAGACCCUCUCUUCCCUUCAGCCCGCCUGUAAGUCCCAUCCCCGCAAACCAGGGGGCGGGGCCCGGAGGUGCUCCCCGCUGCCCCUGCUCGCCCCCUGGCCCCUAGGGGAGGGGGGAGAAGGGAGAAGGCUGGAAGAGGGCCACCCCCUCUUCCUGGUCCCCACCGUGGGAGGAGGCCCCAUAGCAUGUUGUCCUGCGUGUUUGAUCCACUUCGGUUCACUCCCCUGUGAUGAGGCUGUUACGCAGGGUUUGACUACAUUUCAAGACAGAACUCUUAAAUUUUUGUGUUUUUUGUCCUGGUUCACUUUCAUGGAACUUUCCAGGCUCUGCCUGAGUUCCUACCGCGCCAGGCGCGGGGCCGCCAGGCCGGCGCGGCCCCUGCCCGGCUGGAGGAGCUUCGCCCUCCGUUUGCUGACUCCACUGAAGGUGCUUGUCUUUGACCUCAUACCCUCCUCCGGGGAUCAGCCGGGCGGGCAGGGACGUGUUCUUUCUCUGGGCAGAAUGAUUUUCUGCAAGUGAAAGAACCUGCCUUUAUUGUUGUUGUUGUUGUUGUUCCGAUGGGAACUGAAGGCCCUAAAGCCACAUUCCUCUUGUUCACUGCUCUUUCCUCAAGAUGCACUUGAGUCCUGAGACCCCUCCCUCUGCAUCUGGAAGGGGGGCCUUGGUGGCAGUGGCUCUCCCUCGCUGACCUUGACUGUGGACUUAUGUUCACACCCUCCAGGACUGUGGCCUCUCUUCUGUGAGCAAUUGGCAGAGCCAAUGCAGAACUCGCCUGGAGUUCCCGCCAUGGGGAUCGGGGAUCGGCCUCGGGCUGUAGCAACAGCCCCCACCCAAGCUCCGGCAGGCCACCGGGGCUCACUCACGCACACACACACACACACACCCCUUAGCAUGGUCCUCGAGACAGCCCUGGGAGGUGCGUGAGGUCAGCCCCGGUCUGCAGUGAGAAAAUCCAGGUUCAGGGGGUGAGGCCACAUUCCUGUCUCCAUGCAAAUAGCAGCAGUGACCGCGCUGAGCCUGGGAUCCGGGGUUUGUCUCCCACGCCCGGGACCUCCGCCCCCGGGAGGCGGGGACCCUCCCUGUGGCUUUGAGUCUCUCCUCCACCUGCCCCAUGAUUACAGGCCAGUGCUCCUCUGCUCCCCUGCUUGCUUCCUGCAUUUCAUCUCGCAUCUUUGGGUAAAACUGCAGCUCGGGGUGCCACCACCAUCUUUGGAAAAUCCAAGUUUUAGGGUUACCACAAGAUGAAACGGGCCUUUGCUGACAUUUUUCCGCUCGGAGCCUCUUUGCCGUUUGGUGGGGGUAUGUCCUUGUCCCCGGUAGAGGCAUGGGGAGGGCCAGAACCGCUUCUACAGAAUCCGAGGCCCCCUCCAGCUUCAGCCUUUGUGACCCCAACCCCCGUGGUUUCUCAGGCUGCGUUCUCGGCCUUAAAUAUCCCUGAGCCCACAAGGGAUUCAUUCCCGGGAGGAAGAAGAGAGCAAAGGCCACAUUAAAGGGCAGGUGCGGCUCUCCCCGGGUCUGGAAGGCCUUGGCCCGUACCAGGUACCGACCGGCACGGGGAGCUCCCGCCCUCACAGAGCGGAACUGGACAUCAAGAAAGAGCAGGUCCGGGGCUCGGCCUUCAUCCUUCCGCUGUGCCAGGUCUCCACCCAUCGGGUCCCCCUGCUCCUGGGAGGUCCUGCCCUUGUCUCGGGACUGUGACAGUGGGCGCAUCACAGCCUUAGCCAUCCACGGGCCAUCCUUCAGGGCUUCUGCUGCAAGCAGCCAUGCCAUGCCAUAGGCCAGUGGUCGGCAAACUCAUUCGUCAACAGAGUGGCAAACCGCAACUCGCGAGCCACAGUAUGCCGGCCGCUACCAUAGACCAAAGAUGACCUAGUGUCAAGUGCUGGCCCGAACGAGUGGCCAUUGGCUCAUGCGGAGGAGGCCUGAGGGUGCAGGGCGCCCUCCACUGGCCUGGAGGAAUUGCUCAGGAGGCGCCACCGCCCAUGCAGACCACCUGCCGAGGACCCUUCCCACCGCCCUGACCAUCCGACCAUCCGGCUCUGUGGGGCGAGGCCUGUUUCUGGCGCUGCCCUGCGCUUCCACAUUCUAUCCUCCUCUCCAUUUCUGCCCUGACCUCCGGAGGAGGCCCCCUAGUUCCCGCCAGGGACCAGGGGGCUCGAUCUCUUUCCUGGAGGAAGCCAGACCCAGGGCCACAGCCAGCACUUUUGGGGUCUUCUGUAGACUCGAGGUGCCCCGCCAGGCUUGUGAGAGCAAUAAGCAAUUCUGAGGCCACAGGGGGUGUCCCUACAGUCCCCCUCUAUAUGCCCGCCCAUGCCUCUGUGCCCAUCUCACUGCUCAUGGCGCCCCCUCCACGUCCGGGGGUGGUGAGGAGCAGUGGUCACCUCAGCCACAGACACGUGUCCCACAUCGGGAAGCCGUCACGUCGGCGGGCCAUCCCUGCGUCCCUCCAGGAGCGGCGGGCUUCGGCGUGUCCACUCCCAGGACGAUGCUGGCGGUCCCUGGACACUCCCCUCUCCUGUCCCCUUCGGCAGAUGGACACAUUCUGGUGGCGCUUUUUGUUUCCUUUUUAACACAGAAAAAAUACGUGAGGAUAUAUAAUGUGAGGGGGGUGGUGGUGAACCAUUAGCUGUAGCAUGUAUAGACUGUAUACUUACCAUUAGACUUUUUUCUUUCCCAUUUUUUUAAAUAAAAUAAAUAGUGCUUGACUGGUUUCAAGCGUCCUUGUGAA